AUGCAUUCCCCGUUUCCGGAAAGCAAUGCAGGUCCUUCGACUGCUCCAAUUCAAACCACAGCAUUCGUUGGUACGAUCUCGUCUGGAAUAACGGACGAAUGGAUAACACGCCUUUUAUCAGCUUGUGGUCAUCUUCGUUCUUUCAAGAGGGUAAAUGCAUCUUUUGGCUUUGCCGAAUUUGCAGAUGCAGAAUCGGUGUUGAGGGCAAUUGCAGUCUUGUCUGGAAAGCAACUCCCGGUGAUGGGAAACAAGGAAGAGCAGCCAAAGAAACUGACAAUGAAAGCCAAUGCAGAGACAAAGACAUACUUGGAUCAGUAUGAACAAGGUGGAAUGAAGUCGAAAGAGUAUGAUCGUUACGAAUCGCAAGCAUCGGCAGCAGUGGAGAACAUCAUCGCUCAAAUGGCCGAUCCUUCCAAUGCGGCUGCUGCUGCUGAGAGUAUGCCGUCUUACAAUGUCCCGUCUCACUUGAAAGAUCUUCCACCAGAAGACCUACCAGAAGAACAUAGAGGAUCGGUCUUGAGCGAGAUUGACAAAUUCCGUCAAAGCAGUGCUGCUAGAGAUGAAGAGCGAAAGAGACGCGAGCGAAUUCAGGAGAUUGAAAGAACACGAACAUAUUCUACUGGAGGACGUUAUAAUGGACAUGACCAACCAGCCAACGACCGACAAUCACACCAGCAACCUGUUGGAUUUGUCGCAUCUUCACAGGCGCAAGAAGAGAAAAAUAUGCUGCCUGACGAACGUGAUGCUCGAGAAGAAGAGAGAAGACAAUUGCGUGAAAAGGAUGCAAACAUGCGAGAAUCGCAAGAGGCUGAAAGACGAUUCUUGGCAGUAGAGCGAAAUCGUCUAGCACACUGGGAGCGUGAAUUGGCUAAGCAAGGUGAAAUUGAAGAAAAACGAGAACAGAGAGCAAGAGCGAUGCGAAAGCUUGCUGAAACAUGGGAUCAAUCUCGCGAGAUGGAGAGAGAUAUGUUUUACGUUGACAGAAAUCGAUGGCGAUCCCUUCGUAAACAGAUGCGUGAACGAGAAGAGGAAGAAGAUGAGGCUGACAAGAGAUUGCAAGUGGAAGAAGAGGAAAGAGCAAGAGUUGAAACGGAACGGUUCUUGGCUCAGCAAGCAGAGGACAUGGCAGCCUAUGAAAAGGAACAGCGUGCUGCCGGUGUGUUGAUGCCCACUGAGGGUGUGCACGUACCAUUAAAGCUGAAACGUACAAAUCCUCUGGAUGAGCAAGCGUCACAUUCUACUGUGCAGGCAGGAGUUUUGGGAACAACAGAAGAUGACAGUGACGUGGCUGCAAUCAAGAGGGGAAGAUUGGCGCACAUUGACCUGUCGGACGAAGAGACCAAGCGUGCCAAAACCCUUGCAGGCUUGCCUGACGACAGGGAGAAGCUCUUUGCCAUGCAACCGGUCUGGGAACGUGUGUCAGAAGACAAAAUCGAGGAUGGAUAUAGAACCUUGCUUGACAGCGGAAUCGUCGAGAGCCUGGGUGAAUCUGUACCUGACAUGGUCCAAGAAUUGAUUGAUAGCAUCAAAAAGCACGCAACAGCAAACGAGUUGGUGGGAAUCGUUGAGCCUGUAUUGGAAGAAGAAGCAGGUCUAUUAAUCGAGAAGUUGUGGAGGGAGCUGCUCGUCGACACGAUGUAA